AUGAGCCCAUCGCAGUUCCAUGAAAGCCACCAUGCAAAGAGAUCGAACACCAUUAAUGGAGCAUGCCCACCACCACUGAAGAUUUGCAAAGAUUCACACCUGAUCAAGAAAUCAGUUUCGGCUUCGUCUCUCUCUCCAUCGCCGUCAUCUUCAUCUUCUUCGUCGUCUCCGGCGUCUUCGACUCUCGGCCCAACAAGGCCGCGCCACCCGGUCAUCAUCUACACUCACUCGCCCAAGAUCAUCCACACCCACCCCAAGGACUUCAUGGCGCUGGUGCAGAAGCUCACCGGGCUGUCUCGCUCCGACGAUGACAAUGCCGCAGCUAAACAGAGAAAGCCGGAAAACGGAGUGACAACGGCGGAGGAGGAUCAGAAUAGGAACGGCGGUGGCAACAACAAGGUUGUGAUUGGCGGCGGAAAUGACGAUAACGAGUCGUCUUCGGUGAUAACGGACGAGAACUGCGGAGGGAACGUCGGAGACGGGCAAGUGAACUCGUGUUUCGUGACGCCGCCGAUAUUCGACCCGCCGGCGAACAGUUCUUACCUGACGAAUCUUCCGGUGUUUACGCCGAAUCCGGUGGACCAUUUUGUGUACGCGAAUCAGCCAUUUUAUAACUACGCAGAUUCGGUGUUCUUCCCUCCCAGCAUGAGGAGUUCAAUUUCUUCUUCUACGUCGUCUUCUGGGUUAGAUGGAAUAAAUGAGUUUCGCGAGUACUGA